CGAAUGUUUGUUUUGCUUCUUUAAAUAUUACAGUACAUUUCAUUUAGUGGCAUCCCAUAGCUCAUAAAUAUUAACUAUGGCAUGUAUUCUAUUUGCUAUAUUUAUUCAAAGUUUGCUCUGUCUGGUCACCUCGGAAAGUUUGUUCGAUGACCAGUGCUCAAUGACCGACCAUUAUCUAAGUAACUUUGACAACAAAGAUAUUCUUUACUUUUCUAUCUCCAAUGACUGCAAUAAUGGUACCGUGUAUUGGAACUAUCCACAGGGCACUGCGGUGCUGAAUGCAAGACGCCCUGGGCAACAGUUUGAGCUCUGUAUCUUGUCCAGCUACACCACCACGUUUGACAAGGUUGAGGUCAAUGUUGGCAAAGAAGACGGUCCAGUGAGCAUACCGUCGGACGAUGCAACCACAUGUAUAUACAGCAUCAACGGAGAAGCAGCCUUCACAUUGCAAGCCCCUACACCGAUGAGAUACAUGACCAUAUUUGACUACUUGAUUCGCCUCAAUGCCCAGUGAUAAAGCAUUAAGGACAAAUCUCUUGUAUAAAUAAAUAUGCAGUCAUUGAAAUGUAA